AUGAAGAUUCCUAACAUUGGUAAUGUGAUGAAUAAAUUUGAGAUCCUUGGGGUUGUAGGUGAAGGAGCCUAUGGCGUUGUACUUAAAUGCAGACACAAGGAGACACAUGAAAUUGUGGCUAUCAAGAAAUUCAAAGACAGUGAAGAAAAUGAAGAAGUCAAAGAAACCACUUUACGAGAGCUUAAAAUGCUUCGCACUUUGAAGCAGGAGAACAUAGUGGAGCUGAAGGAAGCCUUCAGAAGAAGAGGAAAAUUAUACUUAGUUUUUGAAUAUGUGGAAAAAAAUAUGCUUGAAUUGCUAGAAGAAAUGCCAAAUGGAGUUCCACCAGAAAAAGUGAAAAGCUAUAUCUACCAGCUAAUUAAAGCAAUUCAUUGGUGCCAUAAGAAUGAUAUUGUUCAUAGAGAUAUCAAGCCAGAGAAUCUCUUAAUAAGCCACAAUGAUGUGCUGAAGUUGUGUGACUUUGGCUUUGCUCGUAAUCUCUCUGAAGGAAGCAAUGCUAACUAUACAGAAUAUGUGGCUACCAGAUGGUACCGCUCACCUGAACUCUUGCUUGGAGCCCCUUAUGGAAAGGCUGUGGAUAUGUGGUCUGUAGGCUGUAUCCUGGGAGAGCUGAGUGACGGGCAGCCCUUGUUUCCUGGUGAGAGCGAGAUUGACCAACUCUUUACCAUUCAGAAGGUGCUAGGCCCGCUGCCAGCCGAGCAGAUGAAGCUCUUCUAUAGCAACCCACGCUUCCAUGGCUUGCGGUUUCCAGCAGUCAAUCAUCCACAGUCUUUAGAGAGAAGAUACUUGGGCAUUUUAAGUGGUGUAUUGCUUGAUCUUAUGAAGAACUUACUGAAGUUAGAUCCAGCAGAUAGAUAUUUGACAGAACAAUGUUUGAACCAUCCUUCGUUUCAAACCCAAAGACUCUUGGAUCGCUGUGGGAGCUCACCUUCGCGGUCAGCUAAGAGAAAACCUUACCACGUAGACAGCAACACAUUAUCUAACAGAAAUCAAGCCAGCAAAAGUUCUGCUUUGCAGUCACACCACAGAUCAAACAGCAAGGAUAUACAGGCACUAGGUGCUGGCGGGCCAAGAGAAGAGGGUCUUCCAGCAAAUGAAAGCUUUUUAAAUGGAAACCUUCCUGGAGCUGCACAUAGUCCAAUGCAUGCAAAAAAAUCAAGCAACACACCUGGAUCUGGCAACAAGGAUCUAGCCAAUAAUAACAUGCCACACCUUCUCAGCCCAAAGGAAACAAAGGCAAAAACAGAAUUUGAUUUUAAUGUGGACCCAAAAAGUUCUGAUGGUUCAGGCUCAAAAUACCUGAAGUCUAACACCAGAUCUCAGCAGAACCGGCACUCAUUUAUGGAAACUUCUCAAAGCAAAACUGGGACACUGCAGCCUGGUGAUAAGCACAGUCGCCACAGCUAUAUUGAUACUAUCCCACAGUCUUCUAAGAGUCCUUCGUAUCGGACAAAGUCAAAGAGCCAUGGGGUUCUGACAGACUCAAAAUCUGUGGGCAACCUCUCUGAGGCCAGGGCCCAAGCUGCAGAACCAAACAGCAGUAGGUACUUUCCAUCCAGCUGUAUGGACUUGAACUCUCCUACCAGUCCAACUGCUCCCCGACACAGCGAUAACAGAACUUUGCUCAGUCCAUCUGGAAGGAAUAACCGUGGUGAGGGUACCCUGGACACCCGAAGACCACCAACAAGACACUCCAAAACAAUGGAGGAGUUAAAACUGCCAGAUCACAUGGAUGGAAGCCAUUCCCACUCUCUAUCUGCUCCACAUGAAUCUUUUUCCUAUGGUCUAGGUUAUACCAGUCCUUUUUCUUCACAGCAGCGCCCUCAUAGACACUCUAUGUAUGUGAGCCGGGACAGAGUGAGGUCAAAGGGCUCAGAGGGUGGCUUAAGCGUAGGGCAAGGGAUGGCAGCCAGAGCAAACAGCCUGCAACUGUUAUCUCCACAGGUGCAGCAUAAGUCACUCACAAGAUCUGUUGGCUCAUCACGAGAAGACUGUACGGAAGAUUCUAAUAGGGUUACAGAGUGACCAGAUCUAUCAGAAACUAAUUUUGCAAGGCCUCCAGUAAAAGAUUCCUCCAGAGAUGUUACAGCUGUGUUUCAUUCAUAGCAAAAAUCUGAGGUUGAUCCUUCUUUUGUUUAGGGUGGAGCAUAUCAUGAUCCACACUCAGAAGAUGGAGCAUCUACUAAGGAGAAUCGAAUUCUGUAUAAUGACCCUGUUCCGAGAAGAGUUGGCAGCUUUUACAGAGUUCCAUCUCCACGUCCAGAGAGCACAUACAUAGAGAACAACGUGUCAACCAGAGCCUCUGUGUUACCAGCAGACAGCAGCACAGUGGGAAACCACUCAAAGAGACAAACCACCUUUGAUACCUGGAAAAGUCCUGAAAACCUUAACAGUCACUCAGAGCUCAAGGAGAAAGAAAAGCAAGGGUUUUUCAGGGCAAUAAAAAAGAAAAAGAAGAAAUCUCAAACCAUGCCUAGCAGUGAUGGUCAGGAUCUCUUGGCAUUACAGAAAGCCGUUCAUACUUCUAAUCACCAGAGCAGCAGGCAGAAAGAUUGGCAUCCUGAGAAGAUGACAGAAAUCCAGCCUCAUAGCCAGCCAUUAAAAUCUCUUCGAAAGCUCUUACACCUCUCCACUUCAAAUCAUCCUGUCCCUGCUGAGUCUCGCUUCCAGCCCUUACCAAGUCAGCCAGCCAAAGCUGCGUUUUCUGAAGUGCGAAUUCACCCCAUGAGUCAAAGCUCCAGCAGUGGCAGCAGCAACGUGCGACAAGAGCCUCAGCCGAAAAGCAGGCCGACACUGCAGAUACCAAGUCAGCUGGAACCCACCUGGCAUGUCUCCCCGGUAAACAGGGGCGCGAGCGAUGGGCCUCCCUACUCAGAUCAGCUGCCUUCCAAGAGCGGACAGAAUGGGCACACGUAUAACCGAACAAACCGAUCGAGAAUGCCAAAUCUGAACGAUUUAAAAGAGACAGCCUUGUAAUUGCGCUCCAGAAAACAGGCCGGGUCAGGGGGAGAUGAGCGUAGGGGAGUGGUGGUGGUUCUGGUGAUGGUAAGACUGCAUUUUCAGCUUUAUAAAGGUGUGCAAUAUGUACAUGUGGAGCUAUGCUGUUCGGCACCACAGUGAGAGUCAGGGAUUAUACAGUAAAACAAGUUGAAUUCUGAAUUACCAGUCAUCAGAAAUGUCGCUGGAUACCAGGCAGAGUGUGCUGGUCAGGGAGAAAAAUGCAUUGCUGUUUUCUCUCACUUACAUUCCAGC